AUGACUACUGAAGAGAUGACGCUCGCAGAGAUGAAAGCGGCUUACGAGAAGGCCCAAGCAGAGCUGGCCCAAGAAAGAGAAUCCAUUGAAAACCUACAGAAAGAGCUCGAGUCCGUGAAAAGUACCAAGUACCAGUCACGUUACAAAGGUGGAAAGCCAAAAAAGCUUACAUUCGAGAUGCCCGAUGACUUCGAAGACCUGACCGAUGAUGAGGAACCCCGCGAAGAAGAAGAUGGAGAAGCCCCUGACCCAGUGACCCAGCACCUGAACAAGAUGGAUGCGCGCAUGACGAAGCACUACUCUCGCCUAAUGAAGCUGAUGACCAAACUGCCCGGAGCACCUACACUAGUAGAGACAGAGCCGACCGAUGGGUAUGCCGCGUCACCAUUCUGCGAAGCGAUCACUAGAGUAACAGUUCCACACACACUUCGGCUCCCUACCUGGACCACCCUGUACGACGGAACAUCUGACCCCUACAGGCAUGUCAAUUUCUACAAGCAGCGCAUGUGGCAGAUCGGGAUCCCAUAUGACCUAGUGGAGCCUGUCAUGUGCAAAUCAUUCGGCGGUACCCUCGAUGGAGCAGCUUUGGAAUGGCUCAUGAACGUCCCCCCCGGAUCCAUCUCCUGCCUAUCCGACCUCAUCAACGCCUUCUAUCAACAGUUCGCCAGCAGUCGCCAGUUAGAGAAGACAGCUAUUGAGGCAUUCAAAAGAGGUCUCAUCCCCAAUUCGGAGUUGUACCGGGAAAUAACCAAAUACCCCUGUGCAACCUUCGAAGAGGUGCGAUCGAGGGCCACCGCCCAGAUGCAAAUUGAAGACGACGAGGUCAUCCGAACGACAUCUCAACGGUCGACAGGGGGCAGCAGCGACAUAAGAUCGUACACGCAGAGGAAUAACAACUGGCGACACCAACCGUACAAUCGACAAAACAAGGUAGAAAGUGUCAAUCAAUAUGAUAAUACUAACAACGUUUACAGGAAUGAACGGGUCGAGCACCCCAACAUCUCUGAUUACGGCUUCAACGUCGACAUCGGGGGUGUAGUGAACGCCCUUCAAAAUGUAGGUGGAACAGUCAGAUGGCCCCGGAAGAGCGACGGACCAGAUUCCAUGAAGGACAUGAGCAAAUGGUGUGACUUCCACCGCGACAAUGGUCACACGACCGAGGAAUGCAUCUCCCUUAAAAAGGAGGUUGCGUAUCUCCUAAAACGGGGGCAUCUGAAAGAGCUGCUAAGCGACAAAGGAAAGGAAACAUUCACCAAGGAGAAUACCACCCAACCCAGCCCAGCAACAAGCAGCGACCGACCAGACCCACCUGCAUUCAAUAAAGUGGUAAACGUUAUUUCCGGUGGUUCAGAUAUUUGUGGACUAACCUCUUCUGCAGCUAAAAAAAUUAACAGAGGAGAUUCAGGAGCCGUCGAAGAGGGGCAAACCGAAGACGAGAUCGCACUGCACAAAUCCUUGACUGCAAUGGCUAUCACCUUCGACGACUCAGAUUCUGUAGACACACAGCGGGAACAUCAUGACGGAUUGGUAAUAUCGCUCCCGAUAGGCAACGCUCUGAUCAAAAGGAUAUUGAUCGACAACGGAGGCUCAGUCAACGUACUGUUCUUAGAGGCACUACAUGAAAUGGGGUUGGAAGAAAAAAACAUUGUUAGGAGAUCGACAGUUCUGGUAGGAUUCAGUGGAGAGUCGUUGCGAACCGUUGGAGAAAUAUCGUUACCCACUUAUGCAGAAGGCGUCAACAUCAUGACAAAAUUUAAUGUCGUCGAUUGCCCAGCAGCCUACAACGUCAUCUUAGGACAACCCUGGAUCCACAAAAUGAAAGCAGUGCCAUCAACGUACCACCAAUCAAUCAAAUUCCCAACCAAAUGGGGGGUCAUGGAAAUCAAGGGACAGCAAAGAGACGCAAAGAAAUGCUACGAAACCUCACUAAAACCGUCAAAAUCCUCUAUCUAG